AUGAACAACCUGCAUGCGCCAACCGUUCCAUCUGGCCCUACCACCAGUGCCGCCACAAAUGGCAACGCGGGGCCUUUGAGCUUUGCUGAGCUCCAACGGAAGAAAAACGACCUCGAGGAAGAGCUCAAGGCUCUUGGGGGCGUCCUAGAAUCACAUGGGGUCAACAUGGAUACGCCGCUCCUGACCAGGGACGGCUUUCCCCGGUCAGACAUUGAUGUUGCUCAAAUUCGAACAACCAGGGCCAGAAUCAUAUCCCUGAAGAACGAUUACAAGGAUCUCACGGCAAACAUUGAACGAUACCUCCAUCAACACUUUGCCAGCCUGGACGAGGAAGUGGACAACCCAGCUCCGCUGGACAGUUCGGUUCCAUCAGCCCUUCCGGAUUCUGAAAUUCAUACCUUGGACGAGCCAUUUGCAAAGGUCAACGCCGUGGCUACGGGAAGCCCGGCGGAUCAUGCGGGAUUGAAGGAAGGGGAUCAAAUUCGCAACUUUGGAUAUGUGAACAAGGCCAACCACGACAGUUUGAAGAAAGUGAGCGAGUGCGUGCAGGGAAAUGAAGGAAGAAACAUUUUGAUCAAGGUGUCAAGGCCAGCAGGUGUUACCCAUCGCCAAGAGCUACGCCUGACUCUCACUCCAACUCGGAAUUGGGGUGGCCGUGGGUUGUUGGGAUGUCAUAUCCUCCCCUUGUAA